CGAUAAAUUAUUUUUAAUUUCAGAUUUAGAGUUUAAACAUAAUGAUGAUCUCGACAUAUGAUCAAUAAUUAGGUGCAGUAGAGGUGAUGAGUGGAAGCUGGCUUGAAAAUCCUCGGAAUAAAAUCAGAAAUUUUUUCUCAAAAUUCAAGAGAAAUUUUCCAGCUUCGUGUGCCGAUCGUGGAGAAAUGGAGGCAGUGAGUGAUGAAGAUGAAGUAGAUCGAGAACAAGAACUCAGUCAUGAACUUGUAGAGUGGAAACCACAUACUCAGGUUGAUUAUGUCCAUUUCCUGGUGCCUGGCCUGACGGGAAUAUUUGCCUCUCCACAGUACUGGGGGAAAAUGGACAGAUAUGAGGCAGAGGAAGCAUUAGAGAAUAAACCGGAAGGAAGUUUUCUACUCCGGGAUUCAGCACAAGAUGAAUACAUAUUCAGUGUAAGUUUCCGACGUUAUGGGCGCAGUCUUCAUGCACGCGUAGAGGAAACAGAGCAUUUAUUCAGCUUCGACUGUCACGACCCAGGUGUUUACAGGUCUCCUAAUAUACCACAGCUCUUAGAACAUUAUAAGGAUCCUUCAUCUUGUAUGUUCUUUGAGCCCUUGUUAUGUUGUCCUGUGUUUAGAACUCAACCAUUCUCCCUUCAGGAUCUUUCCAGGGCUGCUAUCUGUGAUACACUCCCGUGUUACGGAGGUAUUGACCAGCUUGAGCUGCCGAGAUCUUUAAAGAUCUCGUUAAAGCAGUACCACUACAAACACAAGAUCAGAACUAGACGAUUAGAGACUACUGAGUAGAUGAUUUUUGGUACUAACCCAUGCGUAUUUUCCAAUGGAGGUUAUAUAGAAUCCAAUGGAAGUUCUAUUUAUUUCCAAUGGAAGUUAUAUAGAUCCAAUGGAAACUGUAUUGAUUUGAAAUGAACAUUUUAUUGAUUUCCAAUGGAAGUUACUUUCAAUGGAAGUUAUAUAGAUUCCAAUGGAAGUUAUAUUAAUUUCCAAUGGAAGUUACAUAGAUUCAAAUGGAAGUUAUAUAGAUUCCAAUGGAAGUUUAUUAAUUUCCAAUGGAAUUUUUAUUGAUUUCCAAUGGAAGUUAUAUUGAUUUCCAAUGAAAGUUAUAUAGAUUCCAAUGGAAGUUAUAUUGAUUUCCAAUGGAAGUUAUAUAGAUUCCAAUGGAAGUUAUAUUGAUUUCCAAUGUCACCAAAGAUAUUUUCCCAAUUGGCAACUUUUCAUGGAUGGCGAAAGUGGCAAGUUUCCUAGUGGCUAUUUCUGAUAUUUACAAUUUCCCAAGAUUACUAAAUGUUGUAUGGUGUCCCGGUUAUCCUAGUCACAGUGCAGCACACGGAUCAGAACAUUUUAACCCCUCUUCUGAUCAAGUUAGAAUUUAUUUUUAAAUUACUCAGACUUAGGUAAAAUAAUAUAAAACCCAUCUUAUUAUAAUUUCUUCCCAUGUCUCCGAAGUUCUGGGUUGAACUGUAGUAUAGAUGGAACAGUUAUUUUGAUGUAAACAAACUAAAGUGACUGUAAACAAGAUUUCAAAUGACCCUCCUGAUUCAAAGUGGUGUGACAGUUCAAAUAGUUUCCUCUCAAACUAUUGUGUAAACAAACAUGAUGGAAUUAUCCCUCUUUUUCUAUCAGAUUUUUUUAUUGUUAUAAUAGUUGAUUUUUCUAGACGAGAAGCAACAAAACUUUUCUUAUUGUUAAUCAUAGGGCUGAAGGGUUCCGUUGUGAUUGUAAAUUGUAAAUGAUUGGUUAAAUUAUAUCUAG